AUGGACGACGAUGAUGAGGAUCGUUUCCUUUACGGCGAUGAUGAUGACGAAGAGAGCACGCCCACCACCACAACUCAGACCCCACAGCCGCCUGCUCAGAAGGAGGCUCAGCCCAUCAGCACCGUGGAGAAGGCUGAGAGCGACUCAUCAGAGGACGAUGACGACGAUGAUGAUGAUUUUGUCACUGGUGGAGCCGUGGACUUUAACACGUUCAAGCAACAAGCCGACUCCUACGCAGCCGCUGGCGGUGAGGGUGAGGAGGAGGAGGGCGCUCAAGGCACUGCAGCUGGAGCAGACGUGAGCCAAGGUGACGGCGACGGUGACCAGCUCGCCGAAACAGCACCGGCGGGCCAGCAAGUCAAGACCACUGCAGCGGAUAAGAAUAGCGAGGAACAUCGCACCCAGCAGCGCGAUCGUCAGGGCGUAGACCUUGAGACCCCAGGCCAGUAUCAAGGCGUCAACAUUUACGAGUGGUCCAUUGAUGUGUUGGAAGACAAGCCAUGGCGCGAGCCAGGUGCGGAUCUCUCCGAUUACUUCAAUUAUGGGUUUACGGAGCAAACGUGGCGGGCGUAUGCAGAAAAGCAAAUGAUCAUGCGGCACAACGUGAGGCAAGAGGCCCAGCAGUUGGCCAUGGGGACCUCGGGCGUUGCUCAACAACAAGGGCCCAUGGGUGGCGGCGGCCAUGGCCACCCGGGCAACAAUACAGCUCAGUUUGGGGUCAUGCCGGGAGGACCGCCUAACCAAAUGCCUCAUGGUGGUAACAUGAUGAACAUGAUGGGGCCCAACACGAGCAUGGCUGGGCCUGCCGGUGCGCCAGGCGGGGGUGGCUUUCCUCCCAUGAACAUGGGCAUGGGCAUGGGCAUGGGUAUGGCUAUGGGCAUGCCGAACCAUGGUGGACCGCCUCCCUUUCAUCAACAACAGCACCAGCAGCACCCACACCAGCAACAACAACGGCAGCAGCACCAGCCGCAGCAACAGCAGCAGCCACAGCAGCAGCAACAACAACAACAGCCGCAGCAACAACACCAACCGCAGCAGUCGCAACAACAACAGUCGCAGCACCAGGAGCAGCAGCAUCAACAGUCACACCCUCCUCCUCCUCCGCCAGGCCCACCACCGAGUCAUCAUCGGAACAGUUCAGAUGGCCAACGUGACCGAAGCAGGUCUUCGCGUGACCGACGGGACGAUGAUCGCCGCUACAGCCGCGAUGACCGCCGCGAGGACCGAGGCGGCCGUCGUUACGAGGACGAUGAUUAUUAUCGAGCCAAAAGAGACCGUCGUUAG